AAGGAGCCCCGAGAAAAGGAGGAAGAAAGAAGGGACCUGUCCUCUUUCUGCGGCCCAAUGGGAGAAGCUCGUGUCCCUGAGCCCAGAAUAAAGAAACCGGGACCCGGUCCGCUGGGCGCCGGGAUGCGGCAGGCUUAGGAUGGAGCUCCGAUGCUGUACAGGAAGGAUGCUGGCAGGGACACUGUGACUCAUUUAGGGAGAACUGAGUGUCAGCAGAGAGAGAAGACAUCAGCCUUCCACAUCACCCCAGAGGAAUUCUCAGCAGUGUUGCUCAAGGCACCACCACCUGGCCAGAUGGAAGUCAUUACAGGAGACAUGGAUGAGAACGCCACCAACAUCUCCACCAACUUCUUUUCUGUGCUUGACACCCAUGGAGCUCAAGCUGCUUCCUUCCCAUUCAACUUCAGCUAUGGUGACUAUGACAUGCCCUUGGAUGAAGAUGAGGACGUGACCAAUUCUCGAACUUUCUUUGCCGCCAAGAUUGUCAUUGGCAUGGCCCUGGUGGGCAUCAUGCUGGUCUGUGGCGUUGGCAACUUCAUCUUCAUUGUCGCCCUGGCCCGCUACAAGAAGCUGCGCAACCUCACCAACUUGUUCAUUGCCAACCUGGCCAUCUCUGAUUUCCUGGUGGCCAUUGUCUGCUGCCCCUUUGAAAUGGACUACUACGUGGUGCGCCAGCUCUCCUGGAAGCAUGGCCACGUCCUGUGCGCCUCUGUCAACUACCUGCGCACUGUCUCUCUCUACGUCUCCACCAAUGCCCUGCUGGCCAUUGCCAUUGACAGAUAUCUGGCCAUUGUCCACCCGCUGAGACCCCGGAUGAAGUACCAAACAGCCACUGGCUUGAUUGCCUUGGUGUGGGUGGUGUCCACCCUCAUCGCCAUCCCUUCAGCCUACUUCACAACUGAAACAGUCCUCAUCAUUGUCAAGAGCCAGGAGAAGAUCUUCUGCGGCCAGAUAUGGCCAGUGGACCAGCAGCUCUACUACAAGUCCUACUUCCUCUUCAUCUUCGGCAUCGAGUUUGUGGGCCCUGUGGUCACCAUGACCCUGUGCUACGCCAGGAUCUCCCGGGAGCUCUGGUUCAAGGCGGUCCCCGGUUUCCAGACAGAGCAGAUCCGGAAGCGGCUGCGCUGCCGCCGGAAGACGGUCCUGGUGCUCAUGUGCGUCCUCACUGCCUACGUGCUGUGCUGGGCGCCCUUCUAUGGCUUCACCAUCGUGCGCGACUUCUUCCCCAGCGUGUUCGUGAAGGAGAAGCACUACCUGACGGCCUUCUACAUCGUGGAGUGCAUCGCCAUGAGCAAUAGCAUGAUCAACACCCUGUGCUUCGUGACCGUCAAGAACAACACCAUCAAGUACUUCAAGAGGAUCAUGCUGCUCCACUGGAAGUCUUCUCACAAUGGGAGUAAGUCCAGCGCGGACCUUGAUCUCAAAACCACGGGAGUGCCUGCCACUGAAGAGGUGGACUGCAUCAGACUAAAAUAAUCCUAUGGACCUUUCAAAGUUUAAACACAGACAGAACCUUUGGGACAGAAAUCAGUGUGUUUAGAUAAAUGUUAUCACCCGGGAACUGUCGGUUUUCUGGAGAAGGCAGAGUAAAUGGAUAACUGUGUGAACACUGUGAACAAGGAGCUGAGAUUUUCUAAAACUGGUGUGAUUAGACACCGUCACCAGUGACUGACACUCAUUGAAUUUCUAAUUUGUGCAAAGAGUGAGCAUUGGUGAAACCUAUAUAUGUGGACAAUAUUUAAGUGUCAAAAAAGAAAAUAGGGAUUAAAUCAAGAAAAAUGUUGGAGUACAGACAGCCUGGAAAAAAGAGAUUCCAGAAGGGAACCCAAGUGGGUACCAGGACUGUUGCAAAUGUGUUUGUAGGGUGAGGGUCCCUCUUGGCCAUUUCAGCUACUCAUCAGACACUGAUGUAGCCAAUUUCUAAAAUUGUUCUUAGGCUCGAGUUCACUCCUAACAUUUGUGGGGUUGGAGGCAGGACGCAAAACUGGCUCUUGAUUUUUUCUUCGACACUCCUCUUCCCUGCUCUUGACUCUCACUGUGAAGAGCCUUACAUGCAUGCACAUGGACACUCGAGUAUGCAUGGCCAAGUUUUGUCCGAACCCUCUUCUUCCACGUUGCACCAUCCCCACUCCCCACUCAGGUGAGGCUCAUCGUCUGGAGGAGGGACCUGGAGAA